ACGUAUCAAUACUGAUUACAGCACAUCCUCAGCAGAAAAACUUCGGCCCAUGUGUCGAGCAGUGUUUUUUUUAAUUUUCUUUCAGAAUUUAUGAAGAUUUGAAGCUUGGAUCAAUCAUGGAUGGAGCCGUGUUGUCUUUGUCAUCUUCCUCAUCAUUAUCGUCCUUGGCAGCGGCGGCAGAACCACAGAAAGAUACUUCACCAAAGAGCGACAGCAGCCUCCCUCGGAGCCAGGAGGGUAAUAAAUCAACCAAAGAAUUAUGGACAGAGGACGUGACUCCCGUGGGUGGCAGGCUGCUGUCCACUGAGGAGCAGGUCACUCUGAUCACUGAGAGUAUGACUGUCACCUCCACUGACCAGGAGAAACUGCUGCUGCUCAACAAGAACACUGAGCUCCGCAGAGUCAACAAAGAGCUGAUGAAGCUGAAUGAGGACUGGGAUCAGGUGUACCGCAGUGCCACGAUGGGGCUACAGCACAGACUGGAGGCGUUAGAACUCGAGAACACUGCCAUCAAACAGCUCAACAACAGACUGCUGCUCAAAGUGGAGCACCAUCAGAGUGCAAAGGAGUACUAUGAGCAGGCGUUGAUGCAGGAGCUGAAGAAGAACCAGGAGCUGCAUGAAUACAUCCGAUUGGUUGAAAGCAGGAUGCACAACCACACAGACAGAGACUACACACCUGCCAAACAGGGCAGCUUCAGUGCUGUGAUCCGAAGCCCGGUGUCUGGCCCCACCACUAAUCCUCCAGUAGGUCCCGACCUGUCACCCACUGACAUCUCUGGAUACAACCCCUCAUCCUCCUUCUUUCCAGCCUUUUCAAGCCCAGAGGCAGAGCGGCAGGGAAAAAGCCAGAGAAGUAGCACCCCAGUGGACUCCCAGCGAGAGGUGCAUGAUCUAAAAGAGCAACUGGAGGCACUGCAACAUCAGCAGACCCAGAUUUAUGUAGCAGAAUAUCAGUCCGAGCACAGCGACCACAAACACACACUGCAGGAGAACCGGAGGCUGAGAAAGAAGAGGGAGGAGACGCGCCAACAGGUUGCACUACUGCAAGAGCAGCUCAAGGUUUAUGAGGAUGACUUCCGGCGGGAGCGGUCUGACAAGCAGAUGCUGCAGCGGCUGUUGAUGAAGAAAACACCUCCAAACAAGGACCCUGUGCUUAUCCACCGCUGCAAUAACGAGCAGCAGCCAGCAGGAGGAGACAAGAGGACACCAAGUGGAGAGAAAAGAAAGCAGCACCACCCACUUUGCCCUAAGCACCAAAACAGGGACAAGGAGUCAGGCUGAAGGUUGAAGAAGGAAAAAAACAUCAUCAUACACAGUACAUUUAAUAUCAAAUCUAUGAGUUUCAACUCAGUAAAAAAGAGCACUUACUCUUUAGUGAUUCUUCACACUCACUGACAGCACUUUUAAUGUAGAGAAAUUAUUUGUUCAUGGAAAUAACCUUACAUGAGCAAAUCUGACAUCAGAUGCAUUGUUUGCUCUUUAAGGUUAUUGCCUGCUACCCUUCAUAAUAAAGAAAGGUUGCAGUUAAAUUAUAGAUUACAAUUGUAGAAUACAGAUUAUAGUCUGCAAUGUUUUAUUUUCUGCUGCCAAAUUUGAUACCUAUAUGUAUUUAAUAUAUCUAAUAUAUCUCUUUUAAACAAACUGUACCACUGUCUUUAAAAGUUACUGUUGUUGUUUACUAUCAUUAAUUACUAUGAUAAAAUAAAUAAAAAUAAUUAUAUGCAAGCUGAUGGUUUGUUCUCUGUGGCAGAGGGGGCGACCCUGCAUAUUUCUGAUAACUGUUUAAUUAUGUUUUCUUCAUGUGGUGAAA